AUGGACACGGGAGUUCCCUACCGUCGCGAGCGUGGCUUUUCCGCCCCUCCUCCGACCAACUCUGCCGCUGCUGAGAACGAUCAUCAGCGCGCCGAGAUGGCUCCCCGCCUCCCGCCUCUUCGCGAGCUUUUUCGGAAUAUCUACGAUGGCAACAAGACCGCUGUGGCCGAGGUUGCGGACAUGGGCCCUUUUGGCACCGCUCGCCGCGAGCAGCGUCAAUCCUCUCCUUACCGCAUGAACGGUUCGACUCUGGGCGCCGCCGCCACCGAGACCCCGUUCAACCCUCAUUCCAACGCCGUCGGUCACGUUCAUCACGGCCCCCCUGCUCCAGUCCACCCCGAGCAUGAGCGAGAGCCGCGCACCUUUUAUGAUGAGUGCCAGACGUCUCGAUUCCCGUUCGACAAGCCUGCCAACACUUUUGGGGACCGUGGCACUUCUCAUGUCCGUGGCAAAGACAUGAAGAGCUAUCCUUCGCAGGAUAUUCGGAGUUACUUCUCUCCUCGGAGCAAGCAGGACUAUGUUCCUCUCCAGUACUCGCAGAGCCAUCGUCACCUUCAUGAUGGCCACAGCUACUACCCCCACGAGCAGCAGCAUGGCUACGAUCAUGGCUACAUGCAAGGUAGUGUCGCUUAUCCGGCUCAGUAUGACGACAUCCAUUCCCAGGACUAUUCCCCUAUCCACGACCAUCAUGACCACCAGUCUUCCGUGUCUCGCAACAACACCCACGGCUGGACUCCAAUCAACGCGCGCGAUAGCCGUCCCGUCCUGACGCCUGACCGUACCCCUUUUGCUGAUCGCUACCACCAGGAAAGCCCCACUCCCGCUGCGCGUGGACGCAAGGUCACCAACGACAAGCGCGCUGCUCAAGGCACCGCGGGAAACCACUACAAUCAGCCUGCGCCGAAGCUCAAGUUGAAGGGCGCUCGCGGCAAGAAGUCCACUCCUCAGGGCACCACCAAGUACCGUGAGAUCCAGCCCAAGCUGGACUUCGAGCCAAAGGCCGAUGCCUCCCACCAGUUCCAGACUCCUCGUUUGGAUGCCCUUGCAAACUCUGGCGCUGCUCCUGACAAGCAGACUGGAAAGCCUUCCGCUCCAGUUGCAGCUCCCGCCCUCCACCAGACCUGGACGCCGGCUCCGACAAAUACGACGAAGUGUGACAUUUGCAACUCGCGUGCCAUUGGCACAAUGGUCCACCAACGCUGCACGAAGUGUCCGUACGUCAUCUGCCGCAACUGCGUCUACGACGGAAAGAUGACCAAGCUCCGCAACCACACGCCCAUGCACGUCGAUGAGUUCAACUGGGGAAAGAUGCGUCCCAUCCAGCGCAUGGACAAAGUUCGGGCUGCCCAGAAGGCCAGAGCUAUUCGAGAAAGGGAAGAGGCCGAUGCUGCUGACCGCUCAGUUGGCUCCAUGAAGCAGUCGAUCGAGAGCGCUGCUCCCUUCACCCCAACCAAGAAGACCUCGCAGACGUAUGUCACCAUCUCCUCCGAUGAUUACGACGACAACGACUUGAACGGCCCUGAGGACGACUACAAGCCUCCCACUUCGUCUGAGCGCAAGAGUAAGAAGGCCGCCAAGGCUGCUGACCGCGGCUUCUCCGCCUUGGAUCAGUACGCUGGACAUGUUGGCUUGGCCAACUCCCGCCCCGUCCGUACUUCCUCCAUCAAUACCUACGAGAGGAUGCGCCACCAGGCCGCGGCGCGCCAAUACAUCGCUCAGCCGGACUUUGGUACCCAUGCUCGCAAGCAUCGCCACCAGGACUCCGGCGAUGAGGACGUUGAGUCUAACCCUGACGACGAGGUCUACAACCCGCGUGGCAAGCGCCGCUUCAUGUAA